UCCAUCUUCCCCCGCCGCUCCCCGCGCUCUCCAUUCGGGUAUUUUUGAAGAGGUUAAAGUGAAGAACAUAUACCACUUUGAUCCCGAUCACAAAAGAACAACUCACUCUUCAAUUCAUACCCACAACCAUAACUGCCAUGCUCCAAAACCAAAGCCAAAACCAGCGACUUCAAUGACUGAAUUUACUAGGUUUUUCCAACGGGAAUGGAAGUGCAUAAAUCGAGGACGAUGGGGGCAGUCCAAGAUUGCGGCAUUCAGCUCGGGUCCAGUGUUAGUUAUUGGGUCGGUGAUUUUGCUGAGUUCGUUCUUGGAGCGUCGGGGCAGAAGGAAAAGUGAGGGGCAAAGGGCUGCAGAGAAGGAAGGGGAAGAUUGGGGUGAUGGAUUUCAGUACAGGUUCCAACCGAAUUCGAAACUCGAAAUACAUGUCUCUUUUCUACACUUGCAGUACCCCACCGCUUCUAAUAAAAUCCUAUAAAAUCGUCGAAAACUGUCCGCCAACUAAUCCCGCAACU